UCGAUAUCUUUUGGAAACAUGUGCUUGCCUCGCCUGUAAAGAAAACAAUACGGUUUAAAAAUAUUGAUAAUUUCGCUUUAAUUUGUGGUAAUAAAUAAGCCAAACAUGGCGGAUCAUACAUUUCAUCGGCCUGGUCCGUUAAAGCAAACGAAUAAGGCGCAUAAAACCGGACGUCAUCGCUCCAAAGGCGCCAUCGACAAUGCAGUAAAAGGCAAAGUUGGCUUGAAGGCCAUUUCGCAUAAGCACAAGCAACAGCAACGCAAGGAGCAGCGACGCAAUCAAAUGAAUCAGCUGCGCAAAAACAAACGCGAUGAAGUGCUGCAGCAGAAGCGUCAACUUGGUGGCCAAAACACGGCUCCGUUUCUGGUCUGUUUGCUGCCGAUGCACGAGCAAAUCGAUGCCUACUCUGCAUUGGCCAUACUGGAGAGUUGCGACAGCGAGAUUGUGGUGGAGAAAUCAGGCAGCGGCAUUGUUUACAUGAAUUUACCGCGAUUCAAGCAACGUUUCGCCUUUGUGGUGCCUCCCAUUGGACGUGGGAACGAGUUGAUUGUGCUCGACUAUCUGAAGGUGUGCGACACAACGCUGAUGCUAACCUCUGCCUCGUUUGGUGACGAUGAGAUCUUCGAUCGCUGGGGACAGCGGGUGUUCAACAUGAUUUCAGCUCAGGGCAUUCCCACACCUGUUGUUGCUCUGAUGGAUCUCGAGUCCAUAAAUCCCAAGCGUCGCACAGCUGCCAAGCAGGCGGCACAAAAGUUCAUCACCAAGUUGCUGCCAGAAGAGAAGUUAAUGCAGCUGGAUAGCUCAGGUGAAGGAUUGAAUGUGAUGCGACGCAUUGGAGGGCAAAAGAAACGUGUGCUUCAUAACGUCAAGAAUCGUCCACAUCUGUUUGGCGAUAUCGUGGAAUAUGUGCCCAACGGUGAGCUCGGUACGCUAAAAAUAACUGGUUUUCUGCGUGGUCAAUCGUUGAAUGUGAACGGAUUAGUGCAUAUACCCGGUCUUGGCGAUUAUCAGUUGGGUCAAGUCGAUGGACCACCCGAUCCUUACAAACUGGACAAGAGUCGCGAAGGCGAGUCCACGGAGGUGCGCGUAUUGGCUGUCAGCAACCCGGCUAAGCAAACGUCGCUGCAAGCGGAGAAUAUACCUGAUCCUAUGGAUGCGGAGCAAACGUGGCCAACGGAGGAGGAAAUCGAGGCCUCCCAAAAGGAAACCAAGAAGACGCGUCUAAUCAAACGUGUGCCAAAAGGUUACAGUGAUUAUCAAGCUGCCUGGAUACCCGAUGUCGAGGAGGUAGAGGACAAGGACGGUGAUGACGACGACGACGAUGAGGAUGAUGAAGAUAUGAGUGACGAUGAAGAGGACGAGGAUGAGGACUUCAUGUCCUGUGACAAUAAAUCGUUUGAGGAUGAGUACGAGAAGCGUGACUCGGACACAGAAGAGUAUUUGGACAGUGUUUCCGUUUCCUCGGAAGCAGCGAUCAAUGACGAAAAGUAUGAUCAGCAAAUGGACUUCCAGGAGGAGCGUGAAUCUCUGCAAAAACUGCAGCAGGCGCGCACGGAUCAGCUGUGGCCUGAUGAGAUCGAUACGCCACUCGAUGUGCCGGCUCACGAGCGUUUCCAAAAGUAUCGAGGCCUCGAAUCGUUCCGCACCUCGCCCUGGGAUGCCAAAGAGAAUCUUCCCAGCGAUUAUGCGCGCAUCUAUCAGUUUAAGAACUUCGAUCGUACCAAGCGACGCAUCCUCACAGAGGCUAAGGAUUUCGUGGGAAUUCAGCCCGGUUUGUACAUCACGCUGCAUGUGAUCAACGUGUCCCAAAGCCGCUGGGAUGCUUUCCGAUCCGCACAGUACACCGACAACGUGAUUGUCUACGGCAUGUUGCCGCAUGAACAUCAGAUGUGUGUGAUGAAUGUGGUGUUGCAGCGCAUCCCUGACUCUGAGGUGCCUCUCAAGUCCAAGGAGCAACUGAUUGUGCAGUGUGGCUAUCGCCGAUUUGUCGUCAAUCCCAUUUACAGUCAGCACACCAACGGGGAUAAGCACAAGUUUGAACGGUUCUUCAGACCUUACGAAACUGUUUGCGCCACUUUCUAUGCGCCCAUACAGUUUCCACCCUCUGCCAUACUGGCGUUCAAGGUGAAUCCCGAUUCUACACUUGCUUUGGUGGCACGUGGUCGCCUGCUCUCCUGCAAUCCGGAUCGCAUUGUGCUAAAGCGUGUGGUGCUUAGUGGACAUCCGAUGCGCAUCAAUCGUAAAUCGGCCACCAUACGCUACAUGUUCUUCUACAAGGAGGACGUGGAGUACUUCAAGCCGGUGAAACUACGCACCAAAUGCGGUCGUCUGGGUCACAUUAAGGAAUCGCUGGGCACACACGGUCACAUGAAGUGCUAUUUCGAUGGCCAGCUGCGUUCCUAUGACACCGCCUUCAUGUAUCUCUACAAACGCGUCUUCCCCAAGUGGAACUAUGAGGAGUGUCUGGUGCGGAGCGCGGAGCAUGCUCGCCAGGAGUCGGCGGCGCGAAGGAACUCAAAGCAGCUGGAGGAUGUGGAAAUGGAUCAGUAGUAAAUGAGUUGAUGUGUGUAUAUUAAUUAUGUCGAUAUAUAACUGUGCAUAUAUAUUGAAAUAAAUUUGCCACACAUUAA